GUCAUAUGACGUGCUAUUGCUAUGACGCAUACUUCAAUUGAAAUCGAAAACUGAAUUAUUUGCGCUGUAGGCGUUCCCAGUGUGUAAUUUUAAGUGUAAAGUAAAUCCCUAAUAGUCGUUGUACAGUCGUGUUAUAUCAUUUCCGUUGCGCACCGCCGAUAAAAACUAAGAAAAGCAUGGCCAGCCAACCGAUCUACAACCCCGUGAUCCCGUGCGUGCACCCGAUCCCCGGGGGCAUGUUCCCGGGCCGCAUGAUGCGGUUCCAGGGGAACGUGCCGCCGGGCGCUCAGAGAUUCGCCAUAAACCUGCAAUGCGGCCCCAACACGGACCCGCGCGACGACAUCGCGCUGCACCUGAACUUCCGCUUCGUGGAGCAGUGCGUGGUGCGCAACCACCUGACGGCCAUGUCGUGGGGCGUGGAGGAGACUAGUGGAGGCAUGCCGCUGAGCCCGGGCGGCAACUUCGAGGCGCUGCUGCUCUGCGAGCCGCAGUCCAUCAAGGUGGCGCUGAACGGGCUCCACUUCUGCGAGUUCCCGCACCGCAUCCCCUUCCAGCGCAUCACCCACUUCACGAUCGACGGUGACGUGAUGGUGCAGCUCGUCGCCUUCGAGGGCGCGCAGCCGCCGCAGCAGGUCUACAUGGCGCAGAGUCCCCCGGCGUACGGGUCGUACGGCGCGCCGCCGCCGGCCUACGGCGCGGCCGGCUACGGCGGGCCUCCGCAGGGUUUCUAUUGAGGAGUAGCGUGUAAUGACCGCGAUCGGUGCUAUAACGGUCCUAGGUGCCGUGUGAAUCGGAAACAAGAAUCAAGAGUGAUAUUUUUAAGUUUUUUAAUCAAUUUUCGAUACGUUUUUAUAAAUCAUGCACUGAAAGUGUUUUUCUAAAGCAUUUACUUAUUCCAAAACAAAACACAAUAGAUAUAUUUAUAAAGUAAAUAGACAACCCAAGUGCUAACUGAAGUAGAACAAGUUAAGGGGUAUCCAGACGGGCCUGACGAAAUCAGUCGAUAUGUUCAGGAAAAUAAUUAGUCAAUCUCAUCUAGCGCCCACACGUACACAAAUUAAAUCACCAAUUUGCAUUCUACUAUGAAAAUUGGCAUUUUUGUGUCCGCACCUGCAGAUGUGAUCGGGGAAUCAAAUUGUUAUUUGCGUCCUCACGGCCCUGUUCGGUCGGAGAAUUUCAUCAGAUUGGCGAAAUUGUCUCGUCUGGAUACAACUUUAAAUACCAUCAGGUUGAUUUAUUAUAAGGUUUCUUAGUAUUUAGUAUAUUCAGUUUUUGACAUAAAUAUAUAAGGCUUUAUUAAUGAUUCAGACUAUGUUGUCCCCUCGUAUGCUGCCUGUCAAAAUUGAUAAUUGAAAAAGUGACCUUGACAUUUAAAACAAUACAUUACUAUUUCCACGCCCGGAUCCGUGUCUAAGCAUGCGAAGGGUUAACUCAAACCACAGAUUUAAAAAAAUUAAUAAAUAAUUGGGCAGUUAUAAUAUUAAGAUUCUUCUUUAACUUAACAAAAAGGCAUGAAGCGAAAAAAAUCUUACCUUUAUUUCCCAAAAACUUUUUACGAAAUAUUACAAUUCUUAUAUUUAAUUACACAAACGGGUCUACCGCGAUAUAAUUUCAUUGUUUUUACCUUUAAUUCCGACGUUUCAGCUGAGUUGCACCAGCUGUGGUCACGGAAAGACUGACGAAUACAAAACGCGAUACGCGCGUAUGUGUACAAAACGCGAGAGUUUAAAGUGUUAUAUUAAAAUUCUUGUCUCGCUGUCCCUAAGUGGAGUAAGCGAGCUACAAAGUGAGUUAGCGGAGGCAGUUAUAAAGUUGACCCAAAAAUUUUUUAUUAAGCUAUGAGCUUCAUCAUAUAUGUUCCUUGAGUAAUUCUAAGCAUUUCAAGCCUGGGAGGCAAUAAGAAAUGUGUGUCUACUCGGAUUUGUAAUGGAUUCAAACUUUCAACCCCUUUUUAACCCUGUUAGGGAAUGAAUUUUACAAAACGCUGAAAUUACUUUUCCUGUCUUUUAAUAAUAUCCCCAAAUACAAAAAUUCAAGUCCCGCGUUCGAAAAAUUUUUUGAUAUCCAUACAAACUUUCAACCCCUUUUUCACCACCUUAGGGGAUGAAUUUUCAAAAACGCUGAAAUUAGUUUUCUUGUAUGUUUAUAAUAUAUCGUUUUACGAAGUUUCAAAUUCGUAGCUUAAAAUAAAACUUGAACCCCAUACAAACUUUCAUCCCCUUUUUAACCCCCUUAGGGGUUGAAUUUCUCAAAACCGCUUCUUAUCUCUUGUACACUUUAUAAAUGUAAUCUAGUGUGCAAAUUUCAACUUUCUAUCUUUUGUAGUUUCGGCUCCGCGUAGCAAAAAUCUCCAACCAAAAUUUUCACCUUUUUACGUUUUUCUUGUAAAAUUACUAUGAAACUGAAAAAAAACAAAUUUCAGCAAUGAAUUCUAAAUCUUUGGUUUAUAUGAAAAUGAUACCAAACUUGCCCAAGUACCCACCAGGAUCAGAAUAGAUUUUUUUUAAAGAUGAAGGGUGGCGGCCGUCUUUGUACCCCACCCUCCCCCCCACUCCGGGCUAGAAAUGCUUAGAAUUACUCAAAUAUCAGAUGUGAUGAAGCUCAUAGCUUAAUAAAAAAUUUUUGGGUCAUGUAUGGCAGCGUUACAUAACUGAUUCCAGUAAGUAGGGCAGAGAAGUGCUUAGGUAUCUAAUGCGCUUGGUUGCACCGAGCGGCAACGUCGCGUUCGCCAGAUAUUCGCUUGGCUAUUUGUGUACUAGUGGCUCACUGAUCAACACCUUACCCUACUAAAAUCGAAUAGACUAUUAACCUGAACUCAAUUUGCCAAAGACCCUGUUAUUUUUGUUACGCGUGAUGGUAAAUAUUUUUGGUCCACUCCAAUUUGUUUUUGGUACCAUAGCUAUAUCCCAAAGCACUAAAGUAAAAAUGUAUAUGUGGAACACAGGUACAGUUAAGGUCUUAUAUAUAAAAUAAUAAAUAGAGCUCUGUGUUUUGCCUAUUGGCGUACAAAUAUUAUAACUUAAAAAGAAUGAGGACUCAUUACAAGUAUGUUAACAAUAAAUUUGUGAAUAGAAUCAAGCGUUACUUUGCGGAAAUCCAUAUUAAUUAAAAAAAUAUAUUACUUUGCUAAUCCGCGAAGAAACACCUAACGCUAACGCGCGUUUUUUCGCCGAUUAGCAAAAUAGUAUUUUUGGUUUAAUUAAUAAUAAAUUAUACAGUUAAACAAGCAUAGUCAUUAGUAAUAUUACCGCAAUAAACAUUUACAGUAGAAUAUUAUAUUGUUUAAUAUCCAAAUAAAAUGAUAAAAUGUCAGAAAUCACACAAUUGGGGCUGUCCAUAAAUUACGUCAUCGAUUUUUGACGAUUUUUGACCCCCCCCCCCCCUAUUAUCAUCCAAAAAUCAUGCUUCAAAUGACCCCAUUUCCUCCUACUUCAUGCUACCGUCAUCCGAUGUGCAAACCCCCUCCCUAAUUUGAAAUGACGUAAUUUAUGAAUAGCCCCAUUACAAACAAAAACUAAUAACUAAUACUAAAAUAUUUGUCACUUGUUGCGUUGUCUAUUUACUAUACCUACCUACUAUAUGUAUGGGUUGUGCAUUAUACAGUCAAGUCGCAGGUCAUUUUGUACGGGCCAAUGUUUAUUUUGUUGUCGGUUUUUCGACUCGUUAGAUUUGGAUAAAAUUGGGCUGAAUCAGAAUCAGAAAUUAUUUAUUUGCAUUGAUACAGUAUGGGGAUGUUACAAUAUGGUGUUACAGAUCAUGUACCUAGCUUGCAUGCAAGCGUGCAAAUUCAUCAUUAUAAUCAUAAAUUUAAAUAAAUAUAAAAUAUCAAAUUGAAAUACAUAAUUGAAAAAAUAACAAAAUAUUAACACAAUAGGCAUGUCACAAUACAAUUAAUAACUAAAUAUCACUAAUUUGAAUAUUGCUGGUAUUCGAGAUAUGACUUUACGCUGUAAAAACAACGCUCUGAGAGCCAGUUUGUCAAACUGCGUUUAAAAGUGUUUCCCUCUAGCAGCUUUAGUUCCUCCGGGAGAUUAUUAUAUAUAAUAAUGCACAUAUUAAAAACAUUUUUCUUGUAUAUCAUCUUGCGACAACGAGGGUGGUAUAAACGGUUCAUAACGUUUACCCUGGUUCGCCUUUCAAGGACUUCGCCGCGUGUUUUAAAGUACGAGUUAUGUGAUCUGACAAAAUUACAUAUUUCUCUUAAGUAUAGACACGGUAAAGGAAGGAUUUUUAGUUUCAGACCUCCUCAUUCAAUGCGUCUGGGGAAGAUUUUUAGGUCAUAUGGUGACAUUGCGCUUAUAUGUAGGUUGUAAAUUUUUUAUCAAAACCAACGGGAAAAAAUCGGGCAUAAGGUCAAUGUGGCUAUUUCCGUCAUAGGGGCUAUUCCGUCCACGAGCAUAUAUUUAGUUGGCCCUUGUACCUAAUACCUACAUGUAUGCUCUAUCUGAUGUAGGUACCUUUAUUUCUCUAUUUCGUACAGUCAAGUGUAAAAAUAUGGGUGCAUACAUACUCAAAAAUAUGUCCCAUAGCUCCUAUGUCAGCGAAUUAAGAAUCAUGGGACAUAUUUUUGAGUAAGUUUCAUGCAUACAUAUUUUUACACUUGACUGUACAAUAAAGUGUUUACUUAUAUUUCUUUGAUUUUCAAGCGUAUGAAAAAAACCAUUUGCUUUUGAUUGCUGAAACUAACAGCAAUCCCAACUUUGUCGAUGAAAUUAUCAAUUUUGUUCGUUAUUCGAGUGAAACGCUAGUGGACGGAAUAGUCCCUAUGACGGAAUUAGCCAUACUGACCUACAUAAAAAAGAGUACGAAAUAUCUGCUCUUGACUGUGUAUAUACAACUAAACAUCUUACUAAUAUUUAUUAUUAAGAAUAAAUGUUUGAAAAACAUAAUAUUCCUUGUUAAAAUAUUCGUAAAUGUCACAUUUUAGAAUUAGUAAGCAAAUGUAUGAUACGUUUAGGUUUGCAUUUUAUAUCAUUUACGCUCAAUUGCUUUUUAUAAGCAUGAAAGUGUUUCCCUAUUUAAUAAUAAAUUCGUAUUUUCCUUUACGUUAGGAAUGUAAAUAAAAUAGCAUUUUUCGUCAUUAUUGCUUUUUAAGAAUAUGUAAUUCCUGUUUGUAGUUGUAUUAUGAUGGUUAAUAAAAAAAUAAAGUUUU